AAACACAUAUCAUUUUUAGAAUAUGUUUACAUAUCAUCUUCAGUUAUUUAUGAAUUGUAUUCACUGAUGUAUUAUCUAACAUUCAUUUGAAACAUUCUGUCUUAUAACAGGACAUUAUGAAGUGCACAUUAACAGUGACCAAACAACCAACACGUCCACAUUGUGUAGAAAUUUCAGUUUUACCGGAUCAGAUAUCUUAAAGCAAAACAACAAGGCCUUGGAAUGUUACAGAGAAAUGACAGGGAAUACAAUUAUAAUUAUAAGAACAGAUCAUGGACCAAUGCGGCUGUUUGAGUUGUAUCCCAUAAUUUGUCCCGAAAACCACUACGGACCAAACUGCGCUAAAUGCAAAGCGGGGUGUAUAUCCUGUAGUCCUAUCACUGGUGUAUGUUUCAACUCCACGUGUGGCCAGAAAACAGGUAGAUGUGGGAAUUGGAAAACAGAAAUAGUAACACACAGUACCGCCUCUUACGAAGACACACUUAUUACUAAGGAAAUGAACGUCAUUCAAGAUUCGAAAACAGAAAUGGUUACACACAGCACCAUCUCAGAUGAAGACACACCUAUUACUAAGGAAACGGACGACAUACAAGAGGGCAGGUCCAACAGAGGGGACCAGACUCAGUCCAUCAUAGUGCUGUCUGUUCUCGUGGUGAUAGCUGUGUUUUUGGUCUUUGUUGUGGUUUUCCGCUUUAAAAAAAGAACGAAGACACCAAAAGUGGAAACAAAUGAGGAAAAUGUGUUUUCCGUGGAAUUCCAUCGAGUAGAAUCAAGAAAUGAAUCUGACCUAGAGGAGAUUCCCCAGAACGAGGUUGGCGAUGUUGAGGAUGAAAUCAUCACCGUAGAGUACAGUAAUCUGACGUCACAAAGGGUCUCCGUUGAUCAGUUCAUCAGCGAAUUACCAGAAAAAAGAAGCAACGGAAUACUGGAGAAAGAGUUCGAUGAUCUUCCUACAGGACUACUAGAGUCCUACUCCAAUGCUCUGAAGGCUUCCAGCAGAAUGGGGAAUCGAUACAAAGGAAUUUAUCCAUAUGACUAUAAUCGCGUGAAAUUGAUGAGAACAUAUGCAAAUGAGAACGAUGACUUUGUCAAUGCAUCGUACAUACAUGGUUUCAACAAAGAACGAGAGUACAUAGCCGCACAAGGCCCCUUCAAUUCCAAGACGUUGGAGGAUUUCUGGACGAUGAUCUGGCAGAAUGACGUCACAAAGAUCGUCAUGCUGACCAACCUGUACGAAGGAGAUAGGAUGAAGUGCCUUAAGUACUGGCCGGACACGGAUCUGGACAUCGGUCAAUACACCAUAAGACUGGACAAUGUGGAUGUGUACGACCACUACGUGCUGAGAUAUAUGGUUGUUCAUUGUCAGGAAGAGGAGAAGAAAGUGACCCAGUUUCACUUCACCACCUGGCCAGACAAAUCCAUCCCCGAUGAUCCAACGUCACUCGUCUACUUCCGUAACCUGGUUAGAAAUGGACUGACCAUAUCUGAUGGACCGAUAGUUGUUCAUUGCAGCGCUGGAAUUGGGAGAACUGGAACAUUCAUCUCAAUUGAUUACCUACUAGAAGAGAGCGCUGCAGAACAGACAAUCGAUGUCAAGGGAUACAUUGCUUCUUUAAGACAGCAGCGCGGAGGAUCUGUG